AUGUGCUCAUACACAUACUCGUGGUACUACUGCAACCACGACUACUACAUCUGGGCCAACAGCAUCGAAGUCUGCUCCUCCCGCCUACUCUCCGGCUACUCUUACGACGCCUGGUCCAUCGACAUGUGCUCCAAGAUGAAAAUCGAAUGCGGCGGCUUCUCAAACUACUACUGCACCGACUGCUCCGAAGACGUAGCACUUGAAUUCGAGCUCGACGAGCUAUAA